AGCUGAACCGGAGGGCGGCGGGAGACUCUCCCUAUAAAUAGCCCAUCCCACGCUCCGGGAGCGGAGACACCGAAAUAGCACCGAGCCGGGACCGGGAGGAGGCUCCCCCCACUUCGCCCCCCGGUGGGACGGGAGUCGCGGCUGAGCCUCCGCCGCACCGGGGAGCGCAGGGAGGGAGGAACGGGCGGUCCCCGGUGCCGAGCCCCCCCUCUGCCGGUGCCCGGGGCGGCGCUGCCGGCGGGGCCGGGGCUCCCGUGCCCGCCCCUCGGCGGCGCGGGGAGGUGGCGGCGCGGAGCGGCGGCGGCGCCCGGGCGGGGAUGGCGUCUCCGGGACUGCUGAAACCGGCGGCCGGCAGCGUGCCCGGCACCAAGGUGGAGCUCACCGUGUCCUGCCGGAACCUGCUGGACAUGGACACCUUCUCCAAAUCUGACCCAGUGGUGGUCCUCUUUGUGCAGGGCUCAGGCGGCAGCGAGUGGAAGGAGUUCGGGCGUACGGAAGUGAUUGACAACACCCUGAACCCCGACUUUGUCCGCAAGUUUGUCCUCGACUACUACUUCGAGGAGAAGCAAAAUCUCCGCUUUGAUGUCUAUAACGUGGACUCCAAGAGCUGCUCCAUUUUAAAGCAGGACUUCCUGGGUCAGGCGUUCGUGGCACUGGGAGAGGUAAUCGGUUCGCAGCGAGGCCGCCUGGAGAAACCACUCACGGGAGUCCCAGGAAAGCGGUGCGGGACCAUCCUGCUGCUGGCCGAGGAGCUGAGCAACUGCCGGGACAUCGUCACAAUGCAGCUCUGCGCCAACAAGCUCGACAAGAAGGAUUUCUUUGGAAAAUCCGACCCCUUCCUCGUCUUCUACCGCAGUAAUGAGGAUGGCACCUUCACCAUCUGCCAUAAGACAGAAGUGGUGAAGAACACGCUCAACCCGGUGUGGCAGCCCUUCACCAUCCCCGUGCGCGCGCUCUGCAACGGUGACUACGACCGGACGGUAAAGAUAGAUGUGUACGACUGGGACCGGGAUGGGAGCCACGACUUCAUCGGUGAGUUUGCCACCAGCUAUCGGGAACUCUCCCGAGCACAGAGCCAGUUCACGGUGUACGAGGUGCUGAACCCCAGGAAGAAAUGCAAGAAGAAGAAAUACGUGAAUUCCGGCACCGUGACGUUGCUCUCCUUCUCUGUUGAGUCCGAGUUCACCUUUGUUGACUACAUCCGGGGCGGGACACAGCUGAAUUUCACCGUUGCCAUCGACUUCACGGCCUCCAAUGGGUUGCCGUCACAGCCCACCUCACUGCACUAUGCGAGCCCCUACCAGCUGAGCGCCUAUGCCCUAGCGUUGAAGGCAGUCGGGGAGGUCAUCCAGGACUACGACAGUGACAAGCUCUUCCCCGCCUAUGGCUUUGGUGCCAAAGUCCCACCUGAUGGCAAGAUCUCCCACCAGUUCCCCCUGAACAACAACGUGGACAACCCCAGCUGUGCUGGCAUUGAGGGCGUGCUGGAGUCCUACCUCCAGAGCCUGCGCACUGUCCAGCUCUAUGGUCCCACCAACUUCGCUCCUGUCAUCAACCAGGUGGCUGGAACGGCUGCCCAGGUGACCGACGGCUCACAGUACCACGUCCUCCUCAUCAUCACUGAUGGUGUCAUCUCUGACAUGCUGCAGACCAAGGAAGCCAUCGUCACCGCUUCCGCCUUGCCCAUGUCUAUCAUCAUUGUGGGAGUGGGUCCAGCUGAGUUUGAGGGCUUGGCAACACGGGCUGUCACUCCCCAGCCAUGGAGGAGCUGGAUGGUGACGAGGUACGAGUGUCUUCCCGGGGACGCUAUGCAGAGAGGGACAUUGUACAGUUCGUGCCAUUUCGGGAUUACGUGGACGAUUCGGGAAACCAGGUGCUGAGCAUGGCCCGCCUGGCCAAGGACGUGCUGGCUGAGAUCCCUGAGCAGCUGCUCUCCUACAUGAAGACCCAUGACAUCAAGCCUCGACGGGCGGACCCCCAGUAGCUUCUCCACAUGUUGCGGGGCUGGCUGGUGAGGAGAGGACAUCUCACCCUUCCUCUUGGAACUGGAAACUCCUCUUGAAACUCUCACCCUUCCUCCUUCCAACUGGAGCCCAGUUGUGGAGAUGUGACCUCUGCAAGGGCAAUAGCCAGCUGCUGUGGCCAGUAGAUGUGGCUGGGACUCUCCUCUUCUGGCAGCCAGACAUCGGGCCUGGAUGUCCCCAGCUGCCCCGCUGCUCCUGCCCAGCUAGCAGUGAUGCCCUGGCACAACGGGGCCAGCUCGGACUGAACCGUCCCUCUGCCAUGGGUGCGGGCAUGGCCGGUGCCUGCGCAGAGGCCAUUGGGGGGUCAUGGUGUGUCCGUCCCAGGAGGGCAUCCUGGCUCCCUUCCCCAGGGGGCGGCUGACCCUGCGGCUGGGCGCACGCGGGGGACCCCGGCCUCGCCAGGUCCUUGGGGCAGGGGCUCUCAGCCCUCCUGCCUGUGUCCUGCUGCUCGGCUGACCCCGGCACCCCAGUUCCCCGGCUCUGGUGCCCCGGGCCUGCCCCACAGCCCAUCCCAAUGCAGGGCCUCGCCCCACAGCCAUGGGGGACCUCCAGGCUGAGCCCCACAGCCAUAGGAUGCUGCAGGGCUGAGUCACACUGCCGCGGGGUGCCCCACGCUGACCCCCACGGCCAUGGGGUGACACUGGGCUGAGCCCCACAGCCGGGGGGUGCCGGGCGGCUCCUCGGGAGGGCAGGCGGGGUCUGUACUGCGUUACCGAUUGUAAA